AUGGAUCUUGAAAAGUUUGUCACCAAGACCAUCGAUCUUUUAGAAAAAGAGAGACAGACAGAGAUCGACGAAACAAGAUUUUUGACAGAGAAGAUACCAGCUAAAGAAUUACAAAGAAAAGGUGUUUGUUUGUUAAAACUGAGACUGAAUGAACGAAGAUCUGGUCUUUAUGGCAGGACAGUGGUGACCUUUGAACCCUUUUGGUCAGGAAAUGAACUACCAUCCCAUAAUUUAACACAUGGUGAUAUCGUAGGAUUGAAUUUAUCUCAAGGUGAAGGUUACUCUGAUAAUUUGGCGUCUGGUAUUGUGUCAAAGGUCAACCAAUCAAGUAUCAGUGUUGCCUUUGAUGAAGCUACAGAUGUGUUUUCAUUGGACGAUGAUGUUCAGUAUAAAUUAACAAAGCUAGCUAACGAUGUGACAUAUAAACGAUUAAAAGGAGCAUUAAAGAAUUUAAAUCGGUAUACAUCUGGACGAUCUGGAAACUUGAUUAAUGUAUUGUUUCAUGUAUCAGAGUUAUCUCCCCCUAGUCAACCGUUUGCAAUUGAAUAUUACAAUGAUAAGUUAGAUAACUCUCAGAAAGAAGCUGUAAAGUUUUCCUUACUACAGAAAGAAUUGGCUGUAAUACACGGUCCACCAGGUACAGGAAAAACAACGACUGUAGUAGAAGUAAUUCUACAGGCUGUUAAACAGGGUCUCAAGGUUCUAGCCUGUGCACCGUCAAAUAUUGCAGUAGAUAAUUUAGUAGAAAGAAUAUCCAGGUAUAAACAAAAAAUUGUUAGGAUCGGUCAUCCAGCCCGUUUAUUACCCACAAUUCAGAAGUUUGCCCUGGACUCAAUUGUAGCUAAUAGUGAAGAAACACGGCUAGUAGAAGAUGUUAGAAGAGAUCUUGAUAAAGUUCUGGUAAAAAUGAAGGCAUCUAGAAAUAAAGGAGCCAAACACGGUUUGAAAGAAGAAAUUAAAGUUUUGAGAAAAGAAUUACGAGAACGAGCCGCUGAGGCGACAAGGCAGAUUUUAACAAAAGCUGAGGUAGUCUUGGUAACGCUGACUAGCGCCACUGACGAUGGUCCGUUAAAAUUUCUAGAGAAGGAUCAUUUUGAUUUGGUUGUCAUUGACGAGAAUUCUCAGGCCCUGGAAGCAGGGUGUUGGAUUUCAUUAUUACGAGCACCGCGAUGUAUAUUAGCUGGUGACCAUCAUCAACUACCUCCAACCAUUCUCUCUAAACAAUUAAUCCGAAAAAAACUGAAAAAUAGUCCAAAAAUUUCGAAAUCGGCCAAAAAAUGUAUGCUACGAAUUUUCGAAAUUUGA